GAUAUAGUAUUUAACUGUUCAACUAUAGCUUUUACGAAAAUAAAACACGAUCAAAUUGUAUACGGGCAACAAUAAAUCAAAGCAAUGAAGAUACCGCAUCCCAAAAAUGGAAUCAUCUACUGCCAUACCGGAAGCCACAAAAGUUCUGCUGUUUUGUUUGAAAAUAGUUUUAUAUUGACAUCCGGUCUUACCUUGCUACAGGUGCCCUCUAUUGCAAGAGAUUUCGAAAAUUUUCCAAAACACAAUGUUAUCGACGUGUGCUCUAAUCCAAGUGUGAGUUUUCUACGCCAAAUCGAUUACAGGCUGGUUAUACAGGGAGAAAACGGUAGAUUAUUUGAAAAGAAAGCACAUAUUGCAUAUAUAUUAAACUCCACGGAUAUAGAGUCGACAAUUAAACAAAAUUUUAAAAGAUUGAAGUUUAUGGUCGAUGGAGAAUACAAGGACGUCACGGAGUACUGCAAAUAUUUUUCCACUUUUGUGAUAUUGCAAUAUGAAGGCCAGAAUAUACUAUCAUUGGAUGAUAUUAAAAAAUACUUUAAAUCUAUGAUCAAGAGCGUCUUUCUCAACAUGAAUCUAAUGGAAGAAAUCGUCUGUGUAUCUACUCCAUUCGGAAAUGAACACUUUAUAAAUAGCAUCAACUUUGGCCAUGUCGCCAACCUUCUGGGAAAGGACAACUGUUUGGCAUUAUUGAAUGUUACUUCUGCAUUCGGUUGCGAAGGUGGAGGAGUCUACGAUAAAUUUAUGAACUUACGAAGCAUUCUACUGGGCUCUUGUUUUGCUCAUCAAGACGAUAAUGUGUGCUUCCCGUUAGCAGCUAAUAUAAGCGAAAUAAUUAAGAUCUUAUUUGGCGAAACAUCACUGCAGAAUACCCCAACCAAAUUAACAACACUAAUGGCCAGAUCAACGUGUAUGAUUGACGCAAUGGGAUGUUGGGGAACGGGUUGUAUGUUCCAUCUCAAUGGACGUAAUUUUGUGCUGACCUGUGCACAUGUACUGAGUAGCGAAAACAUAACAUGCUACUGCAAUGACGCCAGUUUUCAACCGGGUGUUGUGUAUAAAAAUCCAAUAUUCGAUAGUGCUUACGAUAUAGCUUUGCUGGAAGAUACUGAGCGUAAAACAAGACAAAACAACCUAGCAGAACUAACAAAUUACAUUCCGAUAGUAGGACAGACGGUAUACUCAGUUGGGUUUCCUAUAUUCAAGAAUUUCGCCACUGAUGGUGCAUUUAAGCCGAGUGUCUACCGAGGUAAAGUUACAAACUAUUCAAAAGGGGUGCUCAUCACGGAUUGUCCUGUGCAAACAGGACAGAGUGGAGGUCCCAUUUAUGACGAAAAAGGCAAUCUACUGGCUGUGAUGGUUUCCAAUUUUAAAAGUACGAUAGAUGACAGAAUUUAUCCGCAUCACAACAUGUGCAUUCCUAUCUGUGAUAUUUAUGACAUUCUCCAUCAAUACAGUCAAACUAACGACUUUAAUACACUGAAUAAGCUACAAGCGGAGAGAUUGAUCGUAAACAAAUGGAAACUCAAAAGGCCUAUGGUGGAGAGCAAACUGUAGAAAAGAAUGUUCCCUUUGUAAUUCAUGUAACUUUGGGUGAUAGAAGAUUUUUAAAUUAUAGGAAUAAGUGGUUUCGCAGGUAGAU